UGCCCAUCCUCUCUCUUUGGGCGCGUCUACGCUGUGGAAUUAAUUCAGAUUGACACCACUUUGACUGCCAUGGAAUCAGGGGAAUUGCAGUUUGGUUCUUUGCCAGGGAAGGAUGAAGGUACUGCAAAUCCCAUCACUAAACUUGGCACCCAGAUCCCCCAUAACCCACUCCCAAAUCCUCUCCCAAAUCGCACCAGGGCAUAAAGUGGGUUAUGGGAGAUGUGUGUGCCAAGUUUGGUCCAGAUCUGCCAUUCAUGGGGGUUGCAAUGGUCUCUAGAAGCAAAUGAAGGUACUGCAAACCUCAUCAUCUGUGGUCCAUCCUCCAUCAAACUGCAGCAAGACACAAAAUGGAUCAUGCGGGGUCUGUGUGCCAAGUUUGGUCAAGGUCUGCCAUUCAUGGGGGUUGCAAUGGUCUCUAGAAGCAAGUGAAGGUACUGCAAACCUCAUCAUCUGUGGUCCAUCCUCCAUCAAACCGCAACAAAACACAAAAUGGAUCAUGGGGGAUCUGUGUGCCGAGUUUGGUCAAGGUCUGUCAUUCAUGAGGGUUGCAGUGGUCUGCAGGAGCCAAAGCGAUUGAAAAUACUGCAAAUCCCAUCAUCCGUGGUCCAUCCUGCCCCAAAACACCAGGGCGUGAACUGGUCGUGUUCAGGGUUUGACCAAAAUGAAAUCCGCUUGAUAGUGUACCAAGAUUGUGAGAGGCGAGGCAGACAGGUCUUAUUUGAUUCCACUGCAGUCCACAAGACUGAUGAGACAGGGAUUCAGGAUGCUUCUGGGAAGCCAUGUGGCAAAUGCUGCCAAGAAUACAGGGGAUCCAAUACAACUUUCCAUAACUCUUCAAUGGACAGCAGACACACUAUCAAGGAAGACAUUCCAAAGUAUCAGUACACCAGACCAGCAUCUGAUGUCAAUAUGUUGGGAGAGAUGAUGUUUGGUUCAGUAGCAAUGAGUUACAAAGGCUCUACAUUGAAAAUUCACUAUAUACGCUCUCCCCCACAGCUCAUGAUGAGUAAAGUGUUUUCUGCCAGAGUAGGAAGCUUCAGUGGAAGCACAAAUAGCUUGCAAGGUAGUUUUGAAUGCAUCAAUCAAGAUCCCAGUUUAGGAAGAAUGAACAUUCCAAACAGUUUGGGCCCCUGUCGGAACGGAGGUAGUUUAGGUGCAUUACAGCUGUGUAGCAACAAACUGCUGCAUGGUGUGCCUGAAGGGGGGUCCCUCCGGCUCAUCCGGAGUGCUUCCUUUUUUGCAGCUCACAGCACACCUGUUGACAUGCCUAGCAGGGGGCAGAAUGAAGACAGAGACAGUGGCAUUGCUCGCUCAGCAUCUUUGAGCAGUCUUUUGAUGACUCCAUUGCCAUCUCCAAGCCCUUCUUCUAGUAGCUUCCAGCGCCGCUGGCUAAGAAGUCAAACAACAAGUCUGGAAAACGGCAUUUUCCCCAGGUGCUCCACUGAAGAAACAUUCAGCAUGGCAGAUGAAAGCUGUAGCCUCAAUCCUGCAAUGAUUCGUAGGAAGAAAAUUGCCAUCAGCAUCAUUUUCACACUGCCAGAAAAUGAAGAGGCCCAGAGGGACUUUCAAGAUUUCUUCUUUUCUCACUUCCCCUUAUUUGAAUCACAUAUGAGCAAGCUGAAGAGUGCAAUUGAAAUGGCUAUGAUCUCCUGUAGAAAAAUAGCAGAAACUAGCCAAAGAGUGCAAGUUUACAUCAGCCGGGUCAUGAGUGCCCUGGAUGAAUUCAGAGCUACAGUCUGGAACUUAUAUUCAUUUCCAAGAAUUGUAGAGCCUGUGUGGCUUACUAUGAUGUCUGGUGCUUCAGAAAAGAAUACGUUAUGCCAGCACUUUCUCAAGGAGUUCACUUCUUUGAUAGAGCAGACUUGCAAAAACCAGUUCUUAGCUGCUCUAUUAACAGCAGUGCUGACUUAUCACCUGUCCUGGGUUCCAACUGUGAUGCCAGCUGACCAUCUUCCCAGCAGGACCUUCUCUGAGAAACACGCUUCUCAGUCUGUGAACUUUCUAGCAAAAUCUCACCCUUAUAAUCCACUCUGGGCACAACUUGGUGACUUGUAUGGUGCUAUAGGUUCACCUGUCAGGAUGACAAGGACUGUAAUUGUUGGGAAACGUAAGGAUUUGGUUCAGCGGAUACUCUAUGUUCUUACAUAUUUCUUGCGGUGCUCUGAGCUACAAGACAGUCAGCUGACCUGGAGUAGGCAAGUUGGAAGAGAAGAGCAAACUCUGAAUGGGAGCAAUAUUACAACAGCUCUGGAAAAGGGAGAAACUGAGGAAUCUGAUUAUGUGGUUGUCACUGUUCAAAAUGAACCUGCUCUCAUACCUCCUGUUCUGCCUCCAAAGCAUGGAAAGCACGGGAGUUCUGCAACUCUGGAACGUAACAGUUGUUUUGAGCCUAUCUGCUUGAAGGGAAAAUAUGAAGGAAUAAAUGCUGAGCAGUGCUCUGAGAUUUCCCCUUGUGUGUCCAGAGAUGGCUUCCCAAAAGGAAUUGUGGAGGAGACUAAGAAGGAAAAAGCUAUGGGCAAUGCAGGGCCUGUUUCUGAAAAGCAAGCUAAACUGGAUCAUUUAACAGCAAGGAUGCAUAAUGCCAACCAGUGUUGUGUAACAGAAGAGAUGCUUCUUGGCUUGGCAGUUGUACGGUGCCCUGAUAAGUCUGACCAAAAAUACCCUCUUUUGGAAAGGGUUACCUUCCAGAUUGGAAGUUCAGCCUCAUCAGAGUCUGAUUUAGAGACCCAAAGAAAGGAGAUGGAUAAAACUAUUGGGGUGCACAGGGCUAAAAGCAAAUCUCCCUAUGUUAUAUCAAGUCCGCUUUCCCAAUCCCAGCAGGACAAAUCCAAGUUUUGUCUUAAAUCACGGACAAAGCAGAAAGCUAGUAAAAUGCAAGCACCCUGGUUGUUGUCAGAUCAGAUGUCUGUGUCACCUGAUAGCAAAGUCAAGACGAUAGAAUCAGGAACACUGGAGAAAACUAAAAGUACAUGCUGUGAAAACUUGGAAAGAGGUUCAUUUGAAUGUGAUUCAGGCAAUCCUUAUGUUGAGCCAGAAUCUGGCCAAGUAGUUACUCAGGAGAUCCCCUAUGGGGAUACUGGCAGGAAACAUACUUUUAGAAUGGAAGAGAACAUUCCUAGAAAUGAAAGCUCUGACAGUGCCCUGGGCGAGAGUGAUGAUGAAGGCAGUGCAUGUAUUCCAGAUGUACCAUCUCUAAACUCUCCCAACAUUAGACCUGGAGAACUUUCUGAGGUGGAACUUCUUUUACCAAGAUCCAGUACAGUCAGCAACCAAAAUGUGAAGCAUUUUGGAAGGUCGCUUCUGGGUGGCUAUUGUGCCUCAUAUAUGUCUGAUCUGGUGUUACAAGGAAUAAGUAAUGAGGAGCAGCUUAAACAGUGCUUACCAGCCGAAUUGAGUCAUGCUGUGAAUCAUCCUGUUCUAGAUGAGCCUAUAACAGAAGCUCUUUGCAUUAUUGCAAAUACAGAUAAAUGGACUGUCCAAGUGGCUACAAGUCAGAGAAAAAUGAUGGACAAUAUUAAGCUGGGCAAGGAUGUCCUAGUUUCCAACCAAGUGUCUUCCUUAUUGCAGUCCAUUUUACACCUUUACAAACUUAAUCUUCCUGCUGACUUUUGCAUAAUGCAUCUCGAGGAUCGCCUACAAGAAAUAUACCUCAAAAGCACAAUGCUGUCUAAAUAUUUGCGAGGUCAAUCAAGAGUCCAUGUGAAAGAACUUGGAGUCGUGUUGGGGAUUGAAUCCAACGACUUGCCUUUGCUGGCUGCUGUAGCAAGUACUCAUUCUACGUAUGUUGCUCAAAUACUCCUCUAAGCUACCAUGAUGAAAGCAAAAGCUUCCUUGGCAAAGGGAGUGGAUUUAGGUGUGAAGAACAGCAAUACCAAAUGUGAAGUGGUGAGGAGUGGAAGACAGCAGGCGACAGCAAUUGGUUCUGUCACUUUUACUUCUCCUGGAUUUUGCCUGAACACUUAUUUGUGGGUUUCCAGUUUACAUAAAGUAAAAGACAUUCAGGGUUUUUAUACUGGCAUGCAGCCUGGCAUUUUAAUGGACAAAACCAUUAAACACUGUUGGCAGAUAAACUGUUUAUUUGUUGUUUUGAACCAAACCAAAUGGGAAAAAACCCAAGUAUUGUUUCCUAACUAUUGCACUGGUCUUGUUCUGAUUUGCCUCCAACUGGACUUCUUUAAAGAAAACAGCAUCGCAUCUCUGUGUUGGGAGGACAAGCUGGAAGAUGUAUGCAUGAGUAUGCACUUGUGUUACAGCACUGCUCUUCAUUGGAAGAAGGACUGCCAAUAAUGAACCUGCAACUUCACUCAACAUUCGUGGUUAAGAAGAACGUUCUAGCAUCUCCAUAGUGUUAGAUGAAAUCGGAAGAAGCUGCUGGAGUCUUCAGUAAAGCUACUAUCUUCUACAUUUAUGUCAGGUCUUGAACUUGUUUCUUGGCCUUACUGAAACAUCUCAGACCUGCUUAUUUGUCUUACAUAAUCAGCCCUCAAGAAUGUGUUUUUGAAUCUUAAAAGCUGACAUGGUGGUGAACUUGGCAUAAACUCCCGAUGGUUUAUUUUAAAACCUAAGUAUAUCCUGUUGCCCUGUAGAUAAGAGACCACACUUUAGCCACCCUGUGCAAGCAAGAUCCGCUUCUUAAGUGAAUUCAAGAAAUGUACAGAAGAGAUGUCACUGAGAAAAAGAAAGGUGGCUAUAGGAACAGUGACAGAGAAAUUCAUUAAGAUAAUUCCAGGUAUUUGAUCCAACAACUUUUGCACUAGCCUCUCAGUGCCUUUCACUUGUUACGUUUUGACUCUAGAAGAGAAACGUAAAUGAUUUUAAAAUCCAAAAUAUCAUUUUUUUUCUGUACUAAUGUAGAGUCAUGAAAAUCUUGGGUUUCAAACAUAGGACCUUUUUCUGAACAGGUUCAGUGUAAACAUGGUGACUUAUCAAAUUUCAAGCAACUUUCAAGUAAAUUAGCUUGUGAAAUUGGAACACAGAACAGUAAAUCCUUUUAGAAAGGCCAUUUAUUAAACGGAUAUAAAAAUAAGUUUAGAGCAUAUAAAAUCUUCCGUUCUCUUUCAUUGCUCCUUAAUUCUUUAUCAUACUGACUGCAAUUCAGAGAGCUAGGCAAUACACCUAAAGAAUGAUCUGUCCCUGAUUAACUUUUAAAAUGAAUGAAAAUUUUAUUGUCUAAACUGAUGAUUUGAAUUCUAUGGGGAAAAUCUACACAAGCAAGAAUUAAAAAGAGAUGUCUCAUCCCCAUAUCAACACCAUGAAACAAAAUUAAUCAGCAUUCCAUAUUUAUAUUAUCUGCUAUACACUUUAGGGCAUAUAUAUCCUGCCUCCACCUAUUGAUGCUUCUCUGUUUCCAGUUUUAAAAUGUGCUUUUAAGAGAAAAGUAGAGGCUGAAAAGCCCCAAAUGAAGAUUGUGAUGUCUAGGAAUGUAGUAAAAAUAGCAUUAUUCAGAAACAUAAAACCUCCCUUCCCACUUUUUUCCCCUUGGUAAAACUACCUCAAUUGACAGAAUAAGCUGCCAGCAGGGGGAGCAUCAAAUGCUUGUACCUGUUGAAACUUCUGAUGGAAUGUGCUGUAAGAUGUGCAGAGCAUGUGCUGUACCAGUGAGGUUCCAUGGUUAUGUUUUAUUUCUCUAUGUUAAAUUUUAAAUAUGAUACAUAUAUACAUAAGAGACACUGAACAUGACAAGAAAGUGGAAGCUCCUAAAUCUUAACAGAUUCCAAAGUGUUUUAUUUUCCAUGGUGUGUUAGCAGUAUUUUGUACCAAAAAAUGACAUAAAAUACCAUGUUUUUUAAUUUCCUGAGUGGGAGCAAAUCUCUUCAAUAUUUCAUGUACCAUAUUUUGCAGAGUGGAUUUUCCCCCCAAAAUUAAUGAAUACAAAAACGAAUAAAAUAAAAUCUGGUGUCUUUUUAAUAGAUGUUGAUCUAAGUAAACAGUUUGUAAUGUAUCAGUGCAAUCAGAGUUUUACAGCUCAAUGCCUAACAUUUGAAAAGUAUUGAUUGGUAUUCUAGGUAUUCUCUUCUGAAAUCAGCAUCCCGUUUUGAAGGUUUGAUUGUCUUUUAACUUUUUAGUCAGGUUGAUAACUGUACCGCUAAAACAGAUGUCCAUACACUAAAAUAACAGUUGCAUUUUUUAGAAAUACAGCAGCUGUUCUAUUUGUUUCGGUGAAGCAUGUUACCUGGAUUAGAUGAAGUAACGUGACUUUCUAGGGAAAGAUGCGUAUGUGUGUGUGUUGGUGUGAAAUAUCUUUGGAGAGAAAGUGCAAAUACUGUAUUAUGAUUGUUUGGAUACCAGUGUCAAACUUCUUACUUUGGGCUGUAAAUGUACAGUAUCAUUUAUGUUGGUUUACUUGUGGCUUUAGUGCAAUAAAUUAUAGAAAUAUGUUUUGUCAA